AGGCGCUUAGUUCAUCACCGGCUGCCUCGCUUUCUAGUCUUCUCUACUGAAGCAGCGAUAGUAUCUGUGAGGGAGGAUUUGGAUUUAGGAAGGAGAUGGAGGGAAGCUUGAGCUUGUUUUCUGCAUCUUCUUUGACCAACUGCUCUAUCCUCCUCCCUACUGCCUCUGCCUCUGCCUCUGCUUCUCUUUCCUUAUCUCAUCCUCAUUUCUCUUAUGAUUAUCCCCUUAAAUUUCCUCAUCUUUCACAGCGUGCGUCUCCAAACCAUGCUAUCAGUUUUCCAUUCUCACCUUCUUCUUCUUCUUCUACUACUACUACUUGUCAAAGAAGCAGAAGCAGACGGGCCAACUUCAUUUCCAAGUGCUCCACAAGCAGUAGUAGAAAGGCUGAAUUGGAAUUCGAAUCAUCAUCAUCACAACCUGUAGAUGAUGGUGGUGAUCUUGAUUGCGUGGGGACAGGCCUUGACUCGGAGUGCCUCGUAUCCGAACCCAAACUCGACGCUCCACUCAUCCAAUUGUCGUCAACAGAAAAAGGAGAAACAGCAACCGAAAGCUUAAUUGAAACGAUAACGGAGACUGCAGUGCUGGUCUCUCCCUUCUUCUUCUGGGGCACGUCUAUGGUGGCAAUGAAGGAGGUUUUGCCCCUCACUGGCCCUUUCUUUGUCUCUUCCUUUCGCCUCAUUCCAGCUGGCUUGCUUUUGGUUGCCUUUGCUGGAUUCAAAGGGAGGCCUCUGCCUUCUGGACUCACUGCUUGGCUCACCAUCACUCUCUUUGCCCUUGUUGAUGCCUCCUGUUUUCAGGGUUUUCUUGCUCAAGGAUUGCAGAGGACUUCUGCUGGUUUGGGUAGUGUCAUAAUCGACUCGCAACCCCUGACAGUGGCUAUACUUGCUAAAUUGUUAUUUGGUGAGGCCAUUGGGAUCGUUGGAGCUUCAGGCCUUGUGCUUGGUGUCAUAGGCCUUUUACUUCUUGAGGUACCUACUCUGACAUUUGAUGAAAGCAAUUUUUCCCUGUGGGGAAGUGGAGAAUGGUGGAUGCUUCUUGCUGCUCAGAGCAUGGCAGUUGGCACGGUCAUGGUUCGAUGGGUUUCAAAGUACUCCGAUCCUGUUAUGGCAACUGGAUGGCAUAUGGUUAUCGGGGGUCUCCCUCUUCUUGCGAUCUCUGUUCUCAACCAUGAUCUUGCCUUCAGUUUGAGUCUCAAGGACCUGACAGCAAGUGAUAUAUUGGCACUGCUUUAUACCUCUAUUUUUGGAAGUGCCAUUAGUUAUGGAGUGUACUUCUACAGUGCAACAAAAGGUAGCUUGACAAAGCUCAGUUCCCUCACAUUCCUAACCCCAAUGUUUGCUUCAAUUUUUGGGUUUCUAUAUCUUGGGGAAACUUUCUCACCCUUGCAACUGGCUGGGGCCAUUGUUACUGUGGUUGCAAUAUACAUGGUUAAUUAUCGGAACAGUAAUGAGUGAUGUAUUAGUGAGAGUGAGGGGCUAUAUAAGAUGCAGACAGAGAAUAAGACCAAUUAAUUUUGAUCAUGUUGACUCUACCCUUGUAUUAAGAAUGUAUCUGGAAGGAAGUUCAAUAAUCAAGUUUAUAAGGAAAGUUGAUGGCUUUCAAGAUGUGCUGUGAAUGCUGGAAGCUCUCUCAAUUCUCGAGGCUAAGUGACUGUUUUAGGUAUCUUGUAUCAGGCAAACUGUUCUGGUUGCACUUGUUGGGUUCCAAACUUCAAGAACUAACUGCCAUCAUGACGGUUAAUCAGUUUCAUACCAGGUAAACUGGUCUGCUGCUUUUGGUAGGUACACGAAAACUGAUGGCGUCAUCUUCCUGGGCGUUGUAAAUAAUUAUUGUUGCCAUGUUAUAAUUUUUUAACAUGGGAAAAGGUUCAGAAUAUGCUUUAUUUAUGAUGUUCAUAUAUUUCUUAAGUGAGGUCUCUGAGGUAGAUAUAUUGUUAGCAUGACUCAUGAAGCAGAAUUAGUUUUUUAUUUAUUGUUAUUUUUAUGGCUA